UUCCUAUACAAAACAAAACAAAAACAAACCCAAACCUAAAGUGAUGAAUUGGGUUGUAAAGUUGGCUUGGCCUUGAGCUCAUUUUGGAACUAUAAUCCAUAAUUUCAGAGAGAGAAAAUCUCAAAAAUGGGUUUUAGAUUUACAUGGAAAGGAACCCACUUAGUAAAUUGUAUUUGUAGCACAAGGAGUGAAUUUGAUCUUCAUCAGAGUCGGUCUAGGAAUGAAACGAGGAGUAGAGCGACGAUUUUGGCGAUAUAAUCGUUUCCAAAAAUUCUCUACAUGCAACUGGAUUUGAGAAGAAUCUAAUUCCCUCUCUUGAUCCUUUUCAUUUCGCUUUGAUGGAUUGUAGCUGGGGUUUCAGUUCUUGUAGUGGAAUGGCCUUGUUUAGAAACUAGGAUGUGUUUGAAUUUUGGUUUGCGUUUUGAAGUCUAGAUGGAAGAUGAUAGGGAUGGCAGAAGAGGAGCAAAAGCAGAGGUGUUAUAAUAAUAGAUUUGGGAGUUUUGGGACAAUUGGUGGUAUUAGUGGUAGAUCUUCUUCUAAGAAACUUAAACCAAAGCCUAAGAAAGUUCCACAACGAGGACUUGGUGUUGCACAGCUUGAAAAGAUUAGAUUAGAGGAGCAACAGAAGAAUGAUGCAGCUGCUGCAAUUUUCUCAUCUUCGUCUCCAUUGUCACCAACCAAAUCCUCCUCAUAUUUGUCUUUACCGAUUCCUAGUUUUCUCCAAUCGAACCGGUCAUCAUCUUCGUCGUCUUUCCCUUCGCCACCUCCAGUGAAUAUCUCCUCUUCCGCCUCAAUGUUUGGGCCACCUCUGCCUGUUCUAAACAUGCCUGUUAAAGAUUCUUUCACUGUUCCAUUGGUGGAUCAAGCAAAUAGUGGUGGAUCUGAAACUGGGUUGUCUGCAGUUACUAUUUUGGAGCAAGGAAAUGCUCUCAAAUGGCAAAAUUCUUGUGAAUACUAUCUUGAGAAGGAAAAUUAUGGGGUUGAUCCUGGGUUGGCAUUCCGUUCAAAUUUUGAUUUCCCUUAUGGAGUUAACCCUGGCUUGCCUUCCACAAAACUCCUGCAAAGAGCACAGGAAAAUCAAACACCUUCUCCCAUGGUGAAUCUGUCAUCAACAACUUCAAUGUCUUCUGGUCUUAAUGUCCAGAUAGAGCCCCCUUCAAACCAAAGCUAUUGUUAUGGCAACUACUCAACCAUCUGGCCAGACAAGGAAGAGAAGUUACAGAUGUUUGGUACGAAGAGAUUGAAUUGCUUUUCUCCAAACAAUCCAACUGAACCGGUGUUCGAUCACAACUCUUCCUUCGCUGUUCCGAAUAGAUCUGAUGAUUCAACAUCGCAUGGCAAUGGAAGCGCACUGAGUUUUCGAGAGGAUCGUGCGCGGAGCUUAACAUGCGUAUCUGCACCAAGUUCCUUGGAAAACAUUAAAGACGAUGAGUUUAAUGGAAACUUCCUUACCCUUUCUUCUCUUGCUACUUGUCGGACAUCAUGUCCAAGCUCUAAUAUUGCUAAGUGUCCUCCAACUUAUCCUCUUCUGCAGAAUCUUAGGGAUUCCAAUUCGGAACCGUAUCCCUCUCAGGGAGGAUUGAAACCUGUCGGAUUGGCCGAAAAGCAGCCUUUCUAUAGCUUCCUCCCACCUGCAGAGACAAAGUCUGGGACAGAAACUGCCAUUUCUAAAACCAAGUGCAAUGGGGAAGUAGGAGAAAUACUUGAUCUAGAUUUGAAGUUGUAGAAACUGCCAUUUCUAAAACCUGUAUGUUACCCUUUUACUAGCUCUGUUUUUGGUUAAACUAGAUAGGUUUAAAUUAUGCUGUUUUGUGUAAGAAACCCAAAAUCUUAGCCUGAAGUUGGUUUCUUGGGUACUUUUUUCUGCUA